ACGCUCGGCGUCUCGGCACGCGAGCAAACCCUCACUAACCACCACACGUACUCUAGCAGGCCAAAGGAUGCUGCCAUCACUCCUCUUGCAUUGCUCAUAACACUGCUGAUACUGAUAACUCAUACCGCCAUGGACAUUGACUACAACGCGCUCAAGGUCGCGGACCUGAAGAAUCUGGUCAAGGAACGUGGCAUUACGGCGACGGGGCUGUCGCGGAAGCAGCAGUAUAUCGAUGCGCUGCAGGUGGCAGACCAGAAGUCUCUUGGUGAGGGGCCGUUGGUAGCAGAAGGCGAUGGGGCGGACACGGCGGUGCAGAAUGAAGACGCCGGUGCCGCCGAGGCGGAAACGGGGCUGGAGGCGGAGAAGGUGGAGGCCGCGGUCGCAGAGACGAACACAGUCGGCGAGGACGAUGACAUGACCGGCGAGAUGCAGGACGAUGCUGCACCCCCGUCUGCAACAACACAGCAGCAGACCGCCGUGGGGAAGGCAAACGAGCCGAUAUCGCAGGAACCUUCACAGUUAGCAACACCGCAGCAGAGCUCACUCGUGCCUGAAGACGCUUCCUCCGACACGAAGAAGCGGAAGCGACGCAGUCCCACCCCCCCGCUCACCGAGGAGUCAGUCAGUAAGAAGCUGAAGGCGGCCGAGGAGGAGCCGGUGAAGCUGCCGGAGGACGAAAUAGUAGCAGAAGCACCGGUACCGCUUGAACCGACGACAGACGCUACGAUGGAAGGCGAGGAGAAGAUCCAAUCCUACGGCAGCAGCGACGACGUCAUGCCAGUAAGCCAUCCCGCACACGGAGAGCCCGCAGAAGCAACAGACGUGACGAUGCACGACAACACAACCACCCACCCCGCCGAACCCCCCGACGGCGCCCUGCACCCCGCCACCCGCGCCCUCUACAUCCGCGACCUCAUCCGCCCUCUGCAACCCACCCAACUCCGCGACCACCUCGCCACCCUCUCCACCUCCCCCGCCGCGCUCGAAAACUUCCACCUCGAUGUACUAAGAACCCACGCCUUCGCCCUCUUCACCUCCGUCUCCGACGCCGUCCGCGUCCGAGCGGCUUUGCACGGGACCGUGUUCCCCGACGAGCCGACGCGGAAGCCUUUGUGGGUCGAUUUCGUGCCCGCGGAGAAGGCGGGGGAGUGGAUGGAGGUGGAGUUGAGGGAGGGGGGCAGUAGGAGGGAUGCUAAGAGGUGGGAGGUUGUGUAUGAUGUCGAUGAUACUGCGGACGGAGGAGUGAGGGUAUCGUUUGAGGAGGUCGGGGGAGCUGGUGGAGUGGUGGGGAGACAGGGGAGUUUGAACCAGGCGCCUACUCAACCCGCCUCCGCCACGCCUCAAGCACCUCGGAACAAUACUACUCGUCCCUCCGAGCAACCGCCACCGCACACGGACGAGCACAGCAAACCCACCCCUGCCCCCGCCCCCGCCGAACCCGAGUUUGAGGCAGAAACCGAGCCAGCCGAACCAACCUCCUUCUCCCUCCUCGACCAACGCUUCACCUCCACCACCACCAAACCAAAACUCUACUACCUCCCCCAACCCGCCGCCCUCGCCGCCGCGCGCCUCGAAGCCCUCCGCAACGAAACGAGUCGGGACUGGGAUGGCGGACGGGCCGAGGACUUUGAGGCGGGGGGAGGGGCACAGCAGUUGAGGAGGUAUACGUUUGAGGAUGGGGACAGGUAUAGGCGGUGAGCUUGUUUGGUGAGGUGCGACGGUGAGGUGGGAGGGAGAGGGGAGAAGGCGGAGAAGAAGGGAGGAGGGAGGAGGCGGUUCGGCUGACAUGAAUUCUGGAUCGCUUGAUUG